AAAAAAAAAGUGCUGGGCCUUCUGAUCUCGGAAUACAAAGACGAAAAAGGCCCCCAACCCUGCAGAUAGACCAGAGAGAAGUGAAAAAAUAAUCUGAAGAUGAAGGCUUUCCAGGCCGGCUGCAAGUUGCUCCGAAGUUCCCAGAGCUUUUCUGUGGGAUCCGCCUCCCUGAUGGAUUUCUCGACUUCGCCUUAUUCAUGUGGCCGGAAGAAAAAAGUGAACCCGUACGAAGAAGUGGACCAGGAAAAAUAUUCCAGUUUGGUGCGAUCUGUCUUGUCCCGAGGCCCGUCACAUACCCCACGAGGCUCCGCACAUACCCCAGAGUCGCUGUUUGAGGAAGAUGACUUGCUCUAUGGGCCCGUGAGCAAGCAGAAGCCCCCAGAGCAAGAAAAAGAAGACAGAGUUCUGCGCAACUGGUUUCCCAUCUUCAAUCCUGUGAAGAGGGCUGCCCCGAAUGAGAGUGAUCCUUCCGUUCCUUUGAAAAUCCCUUUGCAAAAAGGUGUGAUCCCCAGCGUGACCCGGGUCCUCCAGGAGACCAUGACAAAACAACAGAUUUUCUACCUGGAGAGGUGGAAACAGCGGAUGAUUCUGGAACUGGGAGAAGACGGCUUUAAAGAAUACACUUCAAACAUCUUUUUACAAGGGCAACAGUUCCAUGAAGACUUGGAAAGCAUACUUUCACCCCAGGGGAACUUACAAGAGAGAGAUGAAAACCUCCUCAAAUCUGGUUACGUCAAAAGUGUCCAGCAUAUUCUGAAAGAUAUCCAUGGAGUACGAGCUCUUGAAAGUGCUGUUCAGCAUGAAACCUUGCAGUAUGCAGGCUUGCUGGACUGUGUGGCUGAGUACCAGGGCCAGCUGUGUGUGAUUGACUGGAAGACAUCAGAGAAACCAAAGCCUUUUAUCCAAAAUACAUUUGACAACCCUCUGCAAGUUGUGGCAUAUGUGGGUGCCAUGAACCAUGAUGCCAACUACAGCUUCCAGGUUCAGUGUGGCUUGAUUGUGGUAGCCUACAAGGAUGGGUCACCUGCCCACUCGCAUUUCAUGAAUGGAGAGCUCUGUUCCCAGUACUGGACCAAGUGGCUUCUUCGACUAGAAGAAUAUACAGAAAAGAAAAAGAAACAGAAUAUUCAGAAACCAGAUUAGGGAGCAGGACGCCAUGUGGAAACACUCAGCACUCUUUUACAGUUUGGAGAAACACAUUGCUGUUUACUACGAUCUAAAAAUGGAGG